AGUACACUCGCAAGAUGGGGAUGGACAAGCGUACUAUCAAAAUAAUAGUGGCAGUGGUAUCCGUUGUUCUUGUCCUUGGUAUUAUCCUGGGAGUGCUGCUAGCUAUUUUCCUUCCGUAUCGAUAUGUGGAACUAGAAGUAUGGCCACGGUCAGAGGAGUACAAUCAUUAUGAGCCUCUGAUACACUUUCGGGCUGGAGACCCAGGCAGUUGGCAUGUCUGGUACAAACGGAUUAACGAAUUCCUACGUGACUACGAGACAACAGUUCCCGAGGAGCCUCCCCGAGCGCCAUGCUCCAUACACCGUCACGACCAGCGUUUGCCGGUACCAAGUUGCGAGCGAGCACUUAAUAUGUGGGCGCCUUGCAAUGCUGACAACUUUUAUGGAUACGCAGCUGGAAAGCCUUGUGUCUUCUUAAGACUUAAUCACAUUCAUUACUGGGUACCGGAGCCGUACAAUGUGUCGAAGCCAAUGGAGAUUCCUCCAGAAAUGCCAAACAACAUUAAACAAUUCAUGCAACAACGCCCAGCUCACCACUACGGCGAUUACGUUUGGGUCUCAUGCAAUGGCGAGUUCCAGUCUGAUGAGGAGAAUGUAGGUCCUAUCCAGUACAUUCCAGCAAAUCUGCCACCAGGGUUUCCAACAAACAGGCUAACUACUGCUGAUAGGAUCCCGUAUUCAGCCCGGAACCUCCCCGAUCAGAUCCAUGGACCCCUCGUUGCUGUUUUCUUUGAGAAUCCCAGACGUGGAGUAGUAAUCAACGUUGAAUGUCGAAUUUGGACACGCGACAUCAUCUACCGCAGUUCCAGUCGAGUAGGCCACGCCCGCUUUGAACUGUACAUUCAAUAAUCUACUUUACAAUAAUUGUCUGUAAAGGAAUUGCUAAAAAUUAUUUUAUCCUGAACGGAAAUGCUUUAUAAUAUAACUUAUAAGAGGUGUAAUCUGUUAUAUCUGUUUUUCCAGAAAAACUAUUUAAUCUAUGAAGUUAAUAUGUAUUACGAUAGUUGAUCUCUGUACAAAGACCCAGUAAUAAGAAAACCCAAUACUAGUGAUUACUAUAUUUGUAUAAUUAAGAGAAACAAAACAAUAAAUUUACGAUAAUUUUAAACUGUUUUUGUGAAAUUUUUCUUUAUUAUUAACUUGCUUUUUUUAUUAACUUUCGUUAACUUUAUUGUGUUGUGCUAAUGUUACAGAAUAAGGCCUUAAAGUUUGAGUACAUAUAUGAAAGAUGUCUAGAUUCGUACAAUUUAUUUAUUGCAUUCAAUAUUUUGUCAAAGUACUGGAACACGAUGUUAGGCUUUGUAGAAUUUCUUAAAAUUUCUUAAAAAUAUGUUGUUUUAGAUCAAUAUGCCGCCUGAACUAAACUGUAACUUAUUACUAACUGGUGAGUUUGAUAUAUUCAUGAUUUACAAAUGCACGAAAGCAGGGUGACGGUUGGCGUUUAGUUGCCUAUAGACAUUAGACAAUCGAUAGAUAACAGAACAACGUCCAACGAACAACGAGGUUUAUAAAAAUAAUAUGUUGAGUUGUGCUGUUUUACGAAUGGUAUUUAUGAUAACUAGGUACUUAAUAAUUAGCUAUAAAUUGUAUUAUGUUCAUAUGCGUUAAAAUAUGUAA